GAGAGAGAGAAAAAGAAAAAGGAGGGAGAGGGGAGAGGGAGGGAUAAGAGAAAGGAGAAAGAGAGGAGAGAGAGAGAGAGAAAGAGAGAGAGAGAGAGAGAGGAGAGAGAGAGAGAGGAGAGAGAGGAGAGAGACAGACAGACAGACAGAUAUAUAUACUGUAUAUAUAUAGAGAGAGAAAGAGAGACAGAGAGAGACAGAGAGAGAGAGAGAGAGAGAGAGAGAGGGAGAGGAGAGAGAGAGUCAGAGAGUCAGAGAGAGCGAGAGAGUCAGAGAGUCGAGAGAGAG